AUGGACGCCAGCAGUGGCGGGAUUCUCCGGCUGGUGGCACGGACGGUGCUCCUCGGAGUCCUCGUGCUGUCACUCGCCUCGCUCAGGCUAGCGCUUGCGCUGGCCCCGGCACUGGCGAAUGACAACGAGCUCCACCUGCCGAUCCUACUCACUGAGCUGAACAAUCGCGGCUACUUGCACCACGGCGGGCGCGCAGUCUUCCUCGGUGACGCCGGGUCGUGGCUCCCGUUUCUUGAGCAGAGCCACGUCGCUCCGGUCAGCGCCGUGCAGCUCCUAGCGAUGCCCGACGAGUCCAUGGACCUCGUCCUCGACCACAGCGACGGCGUGGAGUUCAACCUCGUCGAUCGCGUCCUCAAGGUCGGCGGCGUUGCCGCCGUUUUCGCUGCGUUGAAGGCGGCGCUGCAGCUACCUGACAACUAA